AGCGCUUUGCCGAGCUCCCAGAAAACCUGUUGCGGUCAUCGCCCAAUUUUUACAGAGAGAGAGAGAGAGAGAGAGAAGAGCUACUAUGCCGAAGAGAACGACACACACGUACUCGAGCGAGGAUGCAGCACCGGACGGCCCCGACUCCGAUCUCUUCGUCUACUACUGCAAGCACUGUGGAUCUCACGUCCUUAUUACUGAUACCCAAUUGCAGAAAAUGCCCAAAAGGAAAACUGACAGAGCGUAUGUGUUGGACAAGAAGAAGCAUCUUGCAAGGCUAAAUAUUGAUGAGGGAGGGAAAGUUCUCUUGAAACGUGUUUCUAUAGAAGGUUGUAGUUUCACUGUAGAGAGUUUAGCUCCCAUUGCUGAGGCACUUGCAACUCCUUCAGCUGUUGACCCCAAGCCAAACUUGUACCUGUGGGAUAUAGUAUGAAGAAACUGCAGAUUAUGCUAUAACCAUUGUUGAUAACUUGGCAUCUCUUAACAAUCUGAUUGAGGACUAUCUCGCUGCUGAACUCGCAAAACAAGUACGUCCAGAGCUAGCUGUGAUAUUACUGCCUCAAUAAAAUAUCGUGAUCCAGUCAUUGGACAAUUAGAGAGCAGGUCUAGUUUGUAUCAGAGAACACAUAAGAGGAAGUCAGGGUAGUGGUGUCAGGAAGCUCAAAACAAACAUGAGAGGAUGGUGCAGAUGAGAGAUGCAGACGUUCUAGAAGGUAGUCAGCGACUCAUAGAUGAUGAGAUCUAUUCUUAGGUUCUUGGAAAUCGAUCAGGUGGUUAUGUCAAAGGUCUUGGGGAUGGAUACAUAGCCACAACAUUAGCAUCAUCAGAUCAUUUUGUAUGUCGUGCUGAGAUUGAGGAGUUGCGUCAAGAGGCAGCAAUCGUGAAGAUAAUAUCACGCAACAGCUGCAGGAGAUAGUCCAGAGUAACCACGUCAUGUCACAGCAACUUGAAGCCUUGAUGCGUUGGAAAGCAGAGAUUGAUGAAAUGCUCCACCAACAUCAAGUAGAUGCUGUGGGUGACUCUUCCUCUCCUCAUAGAUGUGGAGCUAUGGAGCACUGGUAUGCGUUUUUUAAAUAAUGCAUUGACCAAAAAUAAUAAUUAUAAUUCAAACAUAAGGCUUCAUCGUAGCUUGUACAUGACAAUAUCAAAUUGAGGCAUUAGAUUUGGCAUUGUAUUAAGUUUUGAAGAGCAUCUAAUACAUCCUUAUGUAAAACUGAAAGCAAACUUUCUAAAUUCCAUUUUGACGAGAAAUAAUACUAAAUGACCUUUAUAGGCUAA